CAAAUCCAAAACAAGUUAAUUUUUUUUAAAAAAAAAUGUCUUCUUUCUUUCUCAAACAAAGAUCUUAUGCAGUGCGGAGUGGCUUCACCCACGUACUUUCUUCCUUUACCGCUGGACAACAACAACGUCAAGCAGUGGCAGGGAUGGUACGAAAAGGCUUGCUAGUUCGUUCUUUCUCUGUCUUGACUGAACAAGUCAAAGAUACCAAGCUGCCCAUGUUUACUGUUGGAACUCCUAAUGGUUUUUUACCUCGUCAAGAUCCUUUGGUGACUCUUCCUGAUGAAUUCAAGCGUCUUGAAUCCUUGUUGCAACGCAUGCCAAUUCAAUUAUUGGAUGGUCAGCCUGGUUUGCUGGCCAGUGGUCAAUUUGGUGAAGCUGUCAAGGAUGAAUUGCCUUUGUAUGAUGUGGAUCAUAUCGAAGAUCAACAUCUUCUUUCAGCUCUUUUCCGUGAUUACUCUUUUGCUGCCUCUGCUUAUUUGCUGGAACCCUGUGAUGUUCUUUAUCGUCAACGUAAAGAAUAUGGUCUUGGCAGAAAGGUAUUGCCAAUGAACAUUGCUGUCCCUUUGGAUAAGGUGGCCAAGAAGAUUCAUAGCAAGCCUUUUAUGGAAUAUGCUUUGAGCUAUGCUUUGUACAAUUAUAAACGUCUCAAUCCUUUGGCUGAUUUGACCUACGAUAAUUUAGCACUUGUACGUGCUUUCGCGGGAAGUGAAUCUGAAAAAGGAUUUGUAUUGAAUCAUGUUACCAUGGUGUCUCAUUCACCAAAGUUGGUCAAAUAUGCUGUGGGAGCUUUGGAAGCUGCUGCCAACAAGGAUCGUGCUCGCUUUGAUCAACAGAUGGCUGGAUUGAAUGAAACCUAUGAAACAAUCAACAAUGAAAUGGAAAUGAUGUGGUCUCGUAGCUUACCUGAAGAUUAUAUUGAUUUCAGAACUUUCAUCAUGGGUACCAAGAAUCAACCUAUGUUCCCUGAUGGUGUGAUCUAUGAAGGUGUGAGCGAUCGACCUGUCGUUCACCGUGGUGAAAGUGGUGCCAAUGAUUCUAUGGUACCUUUGGGUGACAAUUUGUUGCAAAUCACUGAAUUGAUGCCUGAAAAUCCUUUGACGACGGUACUCAGAGACUUCCGGUCUUAUCGCCCAACUAACCAUCGUGAAUUUUUGGAACAUGUACAAGAUCGUGCCAAGAAGGUGAAUUUGAAGGAAUUUGCUUUACAAGAUCCUAAUUCGGCUGCCUUAUACCUUUCUAAUGUCGAUCAAAUCCGUGCUUUCCGUCAUCGUCAUUGGAACUUUACCAAGGAGUAUAUCAUCAAGUAUACCGAUCAUCCUGUAGCCACUGGUGGCUCCCCUAUCGUUACUUGGUUGCCUAAUCAAUUGUCGGCUGUAUUGGAUUUGUUGAAUGAAGUUAGCGCUGGCAUUGACCGUGAACAAUUGACUGAAGCAAACAAGAUCCGUGUCGAUGAAAUUGGUAAACGUGCUAUUGCUCAACAACGUUUCCUUACUCGUGAAGUUGAAAAGCUCAGAACCCGCUUCAAAAAUCAAGACAAGACUGAAUAAACGGCUAUCUUAUUCUCUAUAUGGAUAGAUUAGUAUAUGUCUCACUGUUUUUAUUUAGCUAGUAUCGAGUAUUUUUACUUUUCCAUUCAUAUAGAUAGUAUGAUCCCUUUUCUUGAUUUGAUUCUUCUUAUUUACGUCAAUAAACAGUUUUAUGGAAAGCAGAA